AUGAAGUUCACUGCCAUCAUCGCCUCCCUCUGCCUGGUCGCGGCUCCAUUCGUCGCCGCAGAGGAGACCGUUACCUCAACUGCAACCACGACUAUCACCAAGACUCUGGUUCGCGUCAAUUCGGUGACUCCAACUCCUAGUUCCAGCGCCAUCACGAGUUCCAACGCGAGCAGCAUGACCACUGUGUCUGCCUCGACCUCGACUCCUCUGUCUCGCGCCUCCUCCACUACUUCUUCGGCCGCAGCCGCCACCUCGACCGGCGCAGCAUCCAACAUUGGCGCUGGCAUGCCAGCUGCCUUGGCUGCCGCUGGCUAUAUCGUUGUGAUGAUGGGCCAAGCCCUGUGA